GUCUUAACCAUAUCUUCAUUAAAAAAAAAAAAAAGACCGCGAAAAAAGAGACGGACCAGAGAAAGAAGAAGAUAAAACGGAGAUGAAGGUGGCAGCAGCACCUGCGAGCUACCAUUUCAAUUCCACACCUCAAAAUCUCAGCUUCUCGUCCUCAUUCUCAAAUUAUCGUCCCAUAUCAUCUUCUCCAAAUCCGAUAAUUUCAAAAUCUCCUUCCAAUGCUCGUCGCCCUAUAAGAGCAGAGACCGAGAUUAGGGUUUGCGUGAACAGGAGCUGCAGCAGAUUGGGAUCCAGACAAACCCUUGAACUCCUCUCGAAUCUCGCCCCGCCAGAAGUCUCCGUCAAUUCCUGCGGCUGCUUGGGCCAAUGUGGCGCGGGCCCAAACCUCGUCGUCCUGCCGGACGCUGUCUAUGUCCGCCACUGCGGGACUGCGACUCGAGCGGCCGAGGUCUUGGCGGAGGUCUGCCGUGGCAGCGGCGGUUUUGAUGCUUCAAAGAAUUUGGCGGUACUGGCGUUGAGGAAGAGAGGAGAGGGAGAAUUGGAGAAGGGAAAUUUCUCGGAGGCUGAGGUUUUGCUCUCGCAGGCCAUUGAUCUCAAACCUUCCGGAGGUCUGCAUAUUAUUUAUAAAUGCAGGUCUUCUGCAAGAUUGGCACUGGGCAAUAAUUUUGGUGCUCUUGAAGAUGCUGAAGAAGCUUCAAGAAUAGCUCCUAGAUAUCCUCAGGCCUACAUUUCCCAAGGUGAUGCUUUCUUGGCAAUGGAGGAAUGUGAAGCAGCAGAAAAGGCAUAUUCAUCUGCUUUACUGAUUGAUCCAUCCAUUCGCCGGUCUAAGUCUUUCAAGGCUCGGGUUGCAAAGCUUCAAGAGAAACUAGCCAUGGCAAAUGCCUCCCUUUAGUAAUGAUGAGACAGGUUGUACCUUUUAAUAUGUGGACCCACUCUAAGUGCAAUAAGGUUAGGCUAAGGACCCAAUCUAAGUGCAUUAAGGUUAGGCUGCAAGUCGUCUAACAUUUUUAGGUUUUUCAUUUUGCCCUCAUUUUCAAUUAAAAUUAGCCAUUGAUACCAUGGGCCUUCUAUGUAAAUAGCUUGUUUUUUCUGUUUCAGGAACAUGAUAUUCAAUCGCACUAGUGUUUAGCAUUGGUCAAAUCUUGAAGAACAAAAAUGUAUUUUCACGGUCUGCGAUCA